GCGGCUUCUGCUGGGAGCGCCCAUGGUGAAGCUGAAUAAACGGAUUCGCAGAUUCUAAUGUGUGUCAGACUGGUGAUCAAUUAAGAAAUAUAUUUUAUUAUUAAUGGUGUCUUAAAAUAAAACAUUUCGAGAGGUGCAAGAAUAUAAAAUGAAGUUAUUUCUGGGUGUUCUGAGUGGACUAGUUGUGCUCGUCAUAGCAGUAGCAGCAACCGAAUCAACGGAUUUAAAUGAAGACUUGGACGACUCAGUCAUUGUGGAAGCUAGUCAGCUUAGGCCGAGGCAGCCACGACAUAUUUGGCUAAGCACGCGAACUACAACAUGGGCUCAAGCGCUAGGCGACGGAAGUCCCUGUCUAACCUCCAAGGGACAUCUUGGGUUUUGCACGUCGUUCAGAAAAUGCUAUCCAUACUUCAAAGUGCCUGAUUUGAGCGUAUGGGAAUCAUGGGUACUAGGCAACUAUGAUACUUGUAGUUACUUCAACGAUGAAGGCAGACAAGCAUUCGGAGUAUGUUGUACCAAUCCCAUAACCCCUUUGCCUUCCACGGAAACAUCCACCGAAUCAUCAGCGGCACCACCGGUGGUUGGGAGUGGUAACGAAGUUACCGGUGAAAGUCCCAAGCAACCUCCUAAAAACAACAACUACCCCAGUUGGCCACCGCCAGUUCCAACUCAUCCUCCAGAUCACACUGCCGCCACCCAUCCGCCUUCGUUCACAUCCUCAGUUGCUCCUUUUGUGACCGAAGCGACAACGAAACCAACAGCAAGGCCAACCAACCGACCAGGCGGAACAACCUGGCCUACGAAACCGAGGCCACCGUCGGAGAGCAAUCAACCCACAAACCCGCCAAUGGUUUGGCCUCCGCCAAUUCCUACCCAUCCUCCAAUGCCACAGGUUGAGGUCACUACGACAAGGCCAAGCCCAGGAAAUCCGGGCACGGGCGGAGGUGCAGCUGGUGGUAAUGUGGGCUGUGGAGCUAAAAAUGGAAACCCGGACACUGAGCGAAUCGUUGGCGGCCACAAUGCAGAUCCGAACGAAUGGCCCUGGAUAGCUGCCUUGUUCAACAAUGGUAGACAGUUUUGCGGUGGAUCACUGAUCGAUAACGUUCACAUUCUUACGGCAGCUCACUGCGUCGCUCAUAUGACCUCAUUUGAUGUAUCCCGAUUGUCUGUGAAGCUGGGUGACCACAACAUCCGAAUUACCACCGAAGUACAACACAUCGAACGACGAGUGAAACGAUUGGUGCGACAUCGUGGUUUCGAUUCGCGAACUUUGUACAACGAUGUGGCCGUGCUGACGAUGGAUCAACCGGUUCAAUUUACGAAAUCAGUUAGACCCAUAUGUCUUCCCACAGGAGGAGCUGACUCGAGAGGAGCUACGGCAACUGUCAUUGGCUGGGGAAGCUUGCAAGAAAAUGGACCUCAGCCAUCGAUUUUGCAAGAAGUGAAUCUUCCUAUCUGGUCGAAUACUGACUGCAGUAGAAAAUAUGGCGCAGCAGCUCCAGGAGGUAUCAUUGAAUCAAUGUUGUGUGCAGGACAGGCAGCCAAGGAUUCAUGUAGCGGAGACUCUGGAGGGCCACUGAUGGUUAACUCUGGUAGAUGGACACAGGUUGGAAUCGUUUCGUGGGGUAUAGGAUGUGGGAAAGGUCAGUACCCAGGUGUGUACAGCCGUGUUACAUCGUUCAUGCCUUGGAUUACGAAGAACACCCAGGACACAUGAUAAAUAAAGUGAUUCCCAUUUAUGGAAUAAUUUAACGUUGCUUCUCCCUACUGAUGCCAUUUAAAUACGAAACAACUUUGUAAAAAUAUGAUUUGUAGUUUAAUAAAUGUCUGCUUUUUAACAGACAUAUAGUGAU